AUGGCUGCCACUCAUCCGCGUCACAUAGCCUACUUGCGGGGCAGUGCGGGGCCCGAUAGUACGAGCUUAUGUGUUCCCCAUCCGGCAGAACAUUAUCGUUAUUCUAGAAUGAUGCAUGUCCAAACUGAACCAAACCACCAAACCCUCGUAGACAGGAACCGCAGUCGGCCCAAAGUCUACCCACACAAGAUCAUGAUGAGUUUCUAUCUCAGUUGGCCAGUGGCUGCACAGCAAUUUCAAGCUUAUUAUCAUAGGUCUCGCUUGGCUGCUCCUGUGAGCCUCACGAACCGCAUGGCCAUAUCAGUGGUAGUUACACGGAAAUACUCGGCACCCAGGUCUGGGAAUAUUGUCGCCCGCAGUUACCAGUCCGGGUCUAUGGACCAUCAUACCAUGAUUGAUGUCAUCGUCAUGAUCGUGAUAUUCGUUGCACUCCUUCUAUCACUCUCUGUCUUGGCAUGGUUCCGACCUACAUCGCUGAGCUCACUCCGCGCAAUUCCCAUCCUUGGUACUUCUGUGCCCGUCGCCAACACAGCCAUGCCUAUGCGUUCAACUGCGACUCCUGGGCGCGGCAUUGGCUACUCCAGACAGAUAGUGGUGUCGUCCUUAUUCCACAACUGGUGGACGCGUGCAUCCCAUAAUGGUAUUAUUCGGAUUGUCACGAAUGCUGCGCACCAUGAACAAACUCUAGUUCAUGUUGCUCAAUUACCCCACACCCCAUCGACAGUUACGGGUACAGAGUUCUCUACUCGCUCACCGAGCUUCACCACUUUUGCAUCCACUUCUGUAUCGGGGGCACCCAGCAUCGUCAACACGUUCGUUAACAGUGAAGCCGUAGAGCUUCAGGUGCUUGGUGGCAGUAAAACCCCGAGCACACCCUCAUUAGCAGUAGCCGACGAUGUGGAUAACCAAAUUGUUGUGCUACCUGCUACAGAGCUCAUCGCCCGCGUAGACCCUAGUGUGCUAUGUCAGAGCCUCAGGACACUGCCUCGACAUAAGUAUGAUAUCGCCAGUGGUGCGGCCGAAGUUCCCGACGUGGUUAUUCUCGGCAUAUUGGACGUACGAAUAGGAUGUCUGAUACUUGAACGGUCCCUAGCUAGGACUUGGGAAUUGCCAAGCACCACUAAUGCCCCACAAAGCACGAACGUUCGUGCAUCGAUAUCGGUAUUGCAAGAAAACGAAAGCUCCGAGCACUCGAGCUUGUAA